AAGCUCGCUCACAAACACAGCGAUAGGACAGACAGUUGAUCAGCAGGUGUAAUGAAAGCACAGUAACACUUAAACAUUUUCAAAUUGGCCUUGAUGUUUGGAUAGAAACACUGGCGCUGUUUGACCAUCAAUCAAAAAAUAAGUGGAGACGAUACUGGGUAUUUACGGGUUCACUGGCAGGGUUGCCCGGCAUGCAGACGUGGUAAUGCCAAGAGCUGAAUCCGCUGUAAUGGACAACUCGUGUCAGGCCCUGUGCCGCACCUUAGUCACUCAAAAUGGCCUUCAGCCAGAGAAUGUGGACAUUUCACAGUCAGUACUAUACACAUCCAUCAUGGGACUCCUGCUGGUGACAGACAACGAGAGAGAGCUGCAACUGGGAAAUGGACAAGUUGGACUGCGCAACGUUGGAAAUACUUGUUUCCUCAAUGCGAUCGUGCAGUGUCUCUCUCACACUCAUAGUCUUCGGAACUACUGUCUGAUGAGAACUUACCUUCAGGACAAGCACUCCAAACAAGAACCUGUGCUUAUGAAUGAAUUCUCUAAAGUUUUGGCUGGCUUGUGGGAAUGUAAUGGUGGGGAAACCGCAGUGAAUCCUGGGAAGUUUUAUCACGUGUUUAAAGAGUCAGUGCCUUAUUUCAGUGGCUAUAGUCAGCAAGAUGCUCAGGAGUUCUUGCGGUUCCUUCUGGACAGGCUACAUACAGAAAUUAACCGUCGUCCAUCCAAACGUACUGCAGUUAUGGAAAUUAAGGAACCAACAUACACACGAUCCAGCAGGAUUUCAGAGGAGGCCUUUGCAAUGUGGCAGAGGCAUCUUGACAGGGAUGACAGUAAAAUUGUUGGUAAGUAGUAGCACUGUUAAAAUAAUGAUAUGAUAAUAAGUUUUACCAAUAAAAUGAAUGAAUAAUUUUGCAUUAAUAAGCAUACAUAAGUCCUGUAGCAGAUCUAGGCAUUUGGAGCUGGUGGAGGUAGAGGCUUUCAAAGAAACUCUAAUAGUGCGCUGCAGGACCAGCUUAC